CAUGGAAGCAUGCACUGUCGAGGUGACCACGCCCACAUCGUUUUUAUUAUCAUCAUGCAUAUUAUAACAAUUAACAUGCAUGCAGCUAGCUGCAGCGCAAUCACUUACCGUACGAUAUAUUUUUGGAAUCAGUUGACGUUAGCGCUGACGUGUGGUCGUCCAUUCUCGAAUUAAAAUCUUGCAGCUUUGUAAAUUUUUCGGUUUCACUUUUUCAGUCAGAACUAAGAUUUCCUGUUUAAAAUGGCCUAUCCUGGGUAUGGAGCUCCCCAGCAGCCACGCUACCCUGGUAUGCCAGGUUAUGGUGCACCUCCCGUUCAGGACCCUUUGUAUCAGUAUUUUGCUGCUGUGGCUGGACAGGACCAACAGAUAGAUCAGAAAGAGCUCCAACAAUGUUUGACAAGUUGUGGGAUAGCAGGAACAUAUCAGCCGUUUAGUAUAGAGACCUGUACAUUGAUGAUCAACAUGCUUGAUAGAGAUUUUUCUGGAAAGAUGGGCUUCACAGAAUUCAAAGAACUGUGGACGGUACUCCAGCAGUGGAAACAAACCUUUACACAAGUUGACCGAGACCGAUCUGGCCAAAUCGAUGGUCGAGAACUGGCAGGAGCACUCGCUUCAUUCGGAUAUAGGUUAUCACCCAACGCCAUUGGUGCCCUCAUGAGACGGUAUGGAGUCAACGGCCAGAUUCAAUUUGAUUCCUUUGUUGGAUGUGCAGUACGUCUACGUGCCUUGACAGAUUUCUUCAGGAAAAAAGACACACAACAGAAUGGAAAUGCGAUGAUGCAGUAUGAUGAGUUUAUUACAUACACCAUGUCUGUUUGAUGUUACAAGGCGAAGAAAAGAAAAGUUCAUUGCCAACACCAUGGCUAUGUAACACGGCUACUGUUUAUAUUGGUGAGUUCAUUGAACACAAGGGAGAAGACAGAGUGGAGAGUCUCAAGGAGGAUUUAAAGCCUCUUAUUUUUUAAUAGAAAGUUUACCUUUAGCUACAAAUAGAUGUAACUGCCUUGAUGUAUGUAAUGACUUGAUGUAAUAUUACUCCGAUAUUCUGCUCAUGGAAACAAGUUUCAUACAAACCCAGAGGUUCCCAUCAGGGCAGAUCUUGGGUCUGUUUCAUAAAAAAUUGUUAAUAUAAUAACAAAUUUCCAAGAAUACUGAAAUCAUUCAAUUUUAUUGGCUGAUAGUGAGAAUUUUUUCAUCUCACUCUGCCGGAAAAACUUCUUUUUCUAAAAGAACUAUUGCUACGGGAUCUGUCACAUAGCGUAUUCUGGCUGCCGCUUCAUGAAAGCUUUAUUUACUUACUUUAAUUAUUUCAUUAGCUUGAAACUGUUAUUGGAAAUUUGUUACUAUAACUAGUAUUACAUAUGUAUGGCAAGCCAUUUCAUCACUAACUCCUAUUUCUUGAUAGAAAUCCAAUUCUUGAUAUCAAAUAUGAGAUUAUUGAUAUUCAGAGUGAAUUAUUUCUAGACAAACACUUUUUAUUGCCAACAAAAUGUCUAUUCUUGCUAUUAAGAAUUAUAUACAUGUAUAUUCUUGAUAUCAAUUAUUGCAAUUAAUGAUAACAUAGCUUGCCAUGUGUCAUUUCAAGGGCCCUGUAACAUAAAGAGUUACGAUCGAGUAUCCAAUCAGGAUCCUUGUUGCAAAUACCUUUUGCAGUAAAGUCUUGCAGUGAACCAAUCAGAUUGCUUUGUUUUAACCCUAUCUAGGCUAGGGUAUUUUGGGAGAUCAUAUGGGGGGGGCAGGCCCCCCCUUGAGAUCUCGGUCAUCGAUCGCGCGAUUGCGCUGAAAAUUGGCACGCAGCUUGCCUGGAACAUAAUCUACAAAAUUCUGUAAUAAUUUAUUUCAUGCAAAUCGCUAUUAAUUAUGCUAAUUUAUGCGUAAUUAGUAUGCAAAAUUAUACUUUUUCCUUUAAAUCCCUAAAUAGAAACUCUUUGUGGUGUUCUCAGCAAAUGAACAUGAAAAAAAAUGCGAUAUCAGAACAAUUUCUCAUACUAUUAUAUUGUUUUUGCAAUUUCUUUUUUUUUGUACCUUUUGUUUUUUAUUGUUCUUCAAUGAACUUUGAGACUCUUUUGAGAUCAUAAACAGCAUAAAAUAAACCCAUUUAGACCACCAAAACUAAAAAUAAUCCUACAAUUAUGAUUAUGGGUUGAAACAAUUUGCCUUGACUUUGUUCACAAAAUCACGUUUUUGAGCAAUUUUUGGUCUGACAUGCACUUACAAAAUGUUGCGUAAUUUUUAAACCGCGUACCCGGUUGUCGCAAAUUUGAUCUCAAAAGAUGCGCAAGACUUGAAAGUAAAGUCAGCGAGUGGCGCGGUAAAAAAAAUUCGCGCGGCAAAAAUAUUGUGUGAAUCGUUGAGGGGGGCCUCAGAGGCCCCCCCCCCCCCCUGGCCUAGAUAGGGUUAAUUGGCAAUUGAUUGUAAGUCGUGAUGUAACAGAACAUCUGGGCCCCAUUUUACAAAGAGUUACAAUAGAUCCGAUCAGCCCCAACUUUAUGGAAAUCCAUCUAUGUCAUAUUUUUUUCUUCAGGAAAUUUACACAAUGUCCUUAGUAAACAAAGAGAAGCACACUGAAAUUUCAAGAAAAAUAUGAAUAUACAUCAUAUGUAGAAAAUAUUCUUCUAUUAAAACAAAUAUGUAUUUUAGAUGUUGACAUUGCUGGCUCUCCAUAGUUGUGGUUGAUUGGAUCAAUCAUAAUUUUUUGUAAGACGGGGCCCUGUAUAUGGCUUUCAUGAUGAAAACUCACCAAGCUGUAGACACCUCUCACGUAAAAAGAUAUGACAUGCUUUAUAGCAAGUCAUUUACAUCUAAAACAAAUUGCCAAGCCAGACCUGUUAAGAAAAUUUGUGAAUUAUUUUUGUCAUGUAUAUGUUUGUAGUGCAAAGGCUGUGACUCUGAUAGUUUUAUUACCUAUUAUUGUAUUUAUAUAUAUAUAUAUGCGGGACUAUUGUAUGUGUUUUUUUUUCAAUGAAUAGUUAAUCAUGUAUAUGUACAAUGUAGUACUAGUUAUUGUGAAAAAGUAAAUUAAAGGGCUGCAUGUGCCACCCUGCCAUCUCUGAGAAAUUAUGUACAGUAAGAAAAAUAAUAUUAAAUAAUCAAACCUGAAAAUUUCAUUUUUUUGAUGAAAUAUGAUAGAGAUACAGUAUUUGGAACUUUUCAUUGUUUGUAAAAUUUUGAACAAAAUGAUACGAGUGUAGUGCUAAUGCCACAAGCCCACCUUUCUGUAUCUACAAAUAUUGUUAUAUGGAUUGCAAAUAUUGAAAUUUUCUGCUCCUAAUAAUGUGAAACAUAUUUUGGCUUUUGUGUCUUUGAAUGUUUUACUUAUAAAUAGUGCUAUACAAAUGCUAUUCAUCAUCAAAAUGUGAACUAUUCAACACUGUUAUCCAUUUUAACACAGCAAGAUAUUCUUUAUGCAUCUGUGACGAAAUUAAAUGUCUCAGAUUCUGCAUGAUAAACUUCAAAGAAUAUAGUUGACAUCUACAGCUCACUCAUUUGCAUAUAAUAUUUGUAGAACUAUACAAAACUUUAUGGAAUUGUGUUUCUCGAACUCUUGUCAUUUUUAUCAGAUUUUGAAAUUUGUUUACUGUUUUCUUUUGUAUUUUACUCCCUUCAUUCUUAUCUAUCACUUUAUUGGUUGAAAAAAUAGAUUACUAAUAACAAGGUCAAUUAAAAGGGUGCAAAUUUUAAGGAACUACCUUGACACUUGUAAAAAUCUUUAUAAUACUUGUAUGUCUUUCACUCAUUGAUUGCUAUUUCUACACGAUGCAAGGCUUUAUUGCUUAAAGGAGAAUGAAACUCUUGCAGCAAGUUAGCUUUUGUGAAAGCAGAAAAAUCAAAGAAUAAGAUCAACAAAAUUUUGAGUAAAAUAGGACUAGCAAUAGAAGAGUUAUGAGCAUUUGAAUGUCGAGAUCACUAAUGCUAUGGAGAUCCUCCCAAUGGCAACGCAACCAAGAUCUAUGAUAUCACAGAUGAACAACUCUCCCCUUUUGGACACUGAAAAUAUACCCCAAAACAUCUCUUUUUGCUCAUUCUAAUCAUAUGACAAACGAUUCAUCAAUGAUAUAAUGUUGUGAAACCUCUGUACUUGUCCUCUCAUAAAGAGAAUACCUCACCUUGUGAUAGAUUCUAUAAAAGUGAGAAUAUAAGUGAAAUAAGUACUAAAGCAAUGAGGGAGUUGUACGUGUGUGACAUCACAGAUCUUGGUCGCAUUGCCAACAGGAGGAUCUACAUGGCAUUAGUGAUCUCAAUAUUCAAAUGCUCAUAACUUUCUUAUUAUUCAUUCAAUCUUCCUCAAACUUUCAACAAUAUGUUUCUUUGAUUUUUCUCUUUGAUAUGGAUUCAGCUGGUUUCAAGGGUUUCAUUCUCCUUUAAGUUCAUUGUUCGCUUUUAAUACAUUAAAGUACAACAAUGUAUACAAAGUAUACAUAUAAUCUUUCAUUUCAGUGUAUUUAGGGUGAAGUACUUCAGACUCUGUUUUGUAUGCAUUCUAGGAGAACAGAUAAGUCAAAGCCGAGGAAUUCAUUUCAUAAUUGUGAACUAUAUUGGUGUAUGAAAAGUGGUCUUUGUUUGAAAUUAUAUUCAUUUGGUGUUUAAAUUAAGUCAGAAUGUAAACUGAUUAGAUUAAUAAACUUUGAGUUGAAUUGGUAUUGAUUAUAUUGCACUUGCUAUUAUCAGAAUUAGUUCCAUGCUAAUUUCUAUUUUCGUUUCUUGCAGACUUUAUUCCUUUUUUUCUAGAAACCAGUACAUGCUCUUGUUUUUUGUUGUUAUUCUGUAUGUGUAGGCUGCAUUCGGGGCAGCAUUGAUAUAAUUGUGGUCGCGUCAUGGUCUAAUGGUUCUGACUCUCGCCUUUCAAACAGGGUCGUGGGUUCGAAUCCUAGCCAUGACAUGUUUUCCUUCAGCAAGAAAUUUAUCCACACUGUGCUGCACUCGACCCAGGUGAGGUGGAUGGGUACCCGGCAGGAUUAAUUCCUUGCAUGCGCUGAGCGCCGGUGAAGGUAGCUCGAGCUAAAGCCGGGGUAAUAAUAGCAGCGCUUUGUAUCCUCAGAAAAAAAGCGCUUUAUAAAUUCAGCUUAUUAUUCUUAUUAUUAAUAGUCUCUUUUAGUGAAAAUGAGAUAACAGUUAGCCACAAUUAAUUACUUGGUUAAUUUUAUAAUGUGAAUAAUUGUCAAUGUUUAAGCCAUGUUGAAUUAUGUGAAACAUUCAUGAAAAUAUGAAGAUAUAUGCUAUCCUUUUGUAUUGUAUGAAAUACCACAUAAUUUUAAUUAUCUCUUCUUCUUUUAUAUACAUGUACAUCAAAGAAUAAAGACUAUUGACUUGUAA